CAUACAUCAUAUAUUUUGCAUAUUCACCAAUUGAAACCAAAGAAUCAGAGACAUGGCAGGAGCUUUUCCGGUGAUCAAGGUUGCUGCCCUUAGUGGGUCUCUUCGCAAAGCUUCCUUCAGUUCAGGAGUCAUCCGUUCUGCGAUUGAGUUGAGCAAUGAGUGGGUGAAUGGUAUACAAAUUGAGCAGAUAGACAUAUCCGAGUUGCCAUUGCUGAACAGUGAUCUUAUCGUCAAUGGAACUUAUCCACUCGUUGUUGAAGCUUUUCGCCAAAAAAUUGUCGAUGCUGACUGUUUUCUUUUUGUUUCUCCUGAAAACAAUUACUCUUUUAGUGCGCCUUUGAAGAACGCCAUAGACUGGGCCUCUAUACCACCAAACAGUUGGGGAGACAAGGCAGCUGCUAUAGUGAGUGUUGGAGGAGACUUUGGCGGUGGGAGAUCACAGUACCCUCUCCGCCAACUCGGGGUUUUUCUGGAUAUUCACUUCAUAAACAAACCUGAAGUUUUCUUGAAUGUAUUCCAGCCACCGGCAAAGUUUGAUGAUGAUGGGAAUUUGACCGAUGCUGAGGGAAAGGAGAGGUUGAAAGAAAUUCUAGUUGCCCUGCGUGACUUCACCCUGCGACUUCACAAGUAGAGCAGAGGACAAUAUCAUUCAACAAAGAUAUUUGGGCUGAAUAAAUAAAAAUUGUUGUACUGUAUUUUGUUUUCACAUUUUUUAUGUGUUUGUUAUGCAAUGGAAUAAAUAUCAAAGACAAAAAAAUAUCAAUCCGCUCAAACUUAUAACCUUUCAAAAAUAAAAAUAAUAUAUCAGUUGAUUCCUGACA